UAGACAAAAAGUCGUCGCCGGUGUUUAUUGUUGUGAAAUUUAAUGAUAAUUCGUUAAUCUACUUAAUAUUAAUGUUUGAACGUCUUGUUGAGUGUUAGAAUGGCUUCAAAUCUGGAGAAACAAAUAAUUCAACUUUCCGACAAGCAAAAGGUCACUGAAUUGCAGGAGCUCAUCAAGAAAACUCAAGCUUCGAAGUUGAUAGAUAUUCUGGAGAAGAAGAUCGGUCGAUCAGAUUGUAGCAAUUUUUGGAACUGUCUCCUACGCGGCUUCGAUGAAAGCGAAGACUCAGUCGAAAAACGAUUUUCCUGUGUGAAAACUUUCCUGAAGCAGAUCAACAAAGUCGAGUUGUCCUACAAGCAGACCUAUGACUUGAUAACACGCCUAUUCUUGGACCUACCAAAUUUCCCGAAUGAUCAGUUAAUUGAGAUUGUGGAGUAUUCCGUCGAUUCGCUUAAAAUGGGCGAUCCUAAGUGUGUGGGAUGGAAGGAUUUGCUUCCCGAACUAGUCAACAUAUUGGCGAUAAAGCCAAGUGUUCCAGUGAAUGGGGUUCGCCUAGCCGGACCCGAUUAUAGGAGCACUAUCGUGAAGAACCUGUGCACGAUGAAGUGGCCCGCAACAGUCUUAACGCCGAUAGCGAAUAUGUUCAAAGAUAUGAAACUCACCAACGAAGAAAUUGCAACUGUUCUUACUAAAUUCAACUAUAGCUUCAAGCAAUUGGAUCCUCCGGAGAUUCCUCCUCUGACCUUCCAGCUGUUUUCAAUGUGCAACACAGCCGCACAAAUUGUGAUUCCUCUAAUCGCUCUUCAAAGGUAUUUCUACAAACAUUACUACAAAAAGUUAUAUGCUGACAUGGAAAGCGAGAGCACAGAUUUUGAUAGCAUAGAUAAGUAUUCAGAUAAAGAGCUUCGCGAGGCCGAAGAAACUGUCCUCCAUCACUUAAAUUAUUGCACGCAGUUUAAAAUAAGCGAAUUGCAGCUCCUGAUUGUUCUAAGGAAUUUCCUUUCAUGUCCUGACCUAAUCCUGACUCCUUUCGUCAUGAGUUCAAUUCUUUCCAUGGCGCGAAUAAAUCGCGAUCCAGAUAAUCGUCUAUCAUCAUCGGCAGUUUUACCAUAUUUGCGAAACGUAAUUGCAAAUAACGAAGAUGAAAAGGAAAUGUUGAACACAUCAGCUUGGUGUCGGGAUACUUUACAAACCAAACAAGUGAAUCUCGAGCAGAUUUUCACGGUUCUUAUUGACCAGAACAAGGAAGGAAAGGAUGUAGUGACGCCUGGUUUGGUUAAUUUAGCAUUCACUCUACUGAGAGCUAAAGAGGCGCCAAAACUACAUGCUCUUGGUAUUUCCUUUUUGCAAAAGUUUGUAAGGAAGAGAUUUAUAUUUGGUCAGGGCAUUGUAAAGCAUAUUGCCGACUGGAUGAUUUUGGAACAGGAUGCACAUCAAUAUUCUGAAUGUUUAACUGUUUUGAGUAUGACUGACACGUUCACUGUUUCCGAGUGUGUAAGGACUAUUAGAUAUGUUAUGGAUUUCUUUUUAACAAUUCCUGGCGUAACAGCGAUGCAUAUGAUGUCAUUUAUCCUUCCUAUUGUUCGGAUAUCUCAUGUAGUUCGGGACUCCUUUAUUGAUGUGAUGAAGAAGGCAAUGUAUUCACGUGAAACAUCAAUUUGUCAAAUGGGUGUUUAUGGAUUUUGCAUGCUGUUGAAACUGUUGAAUAACAGUAAUUCUCAACGUGCUACCGGCAGGACGGGAGCUGUUUUCACUCAGCAAAGCAUCUCUGGGUUCUCGUUGAUGUCACAGACAAUGUUGGGAAGCCGGAACAAUCCGCAGCGACACUUCGAUAUGCUUACUCUAGAAGUUAUUGGGAUUUUGCGAAAUUGUUUCAGUCAACCCGUGGAAAUUAAGUGUACUUUGUACGAAAGUCUCACAAGGGCAGUUGAACUAAAUCCUAAACUUAUUCCUCACAUUCUUCAGUUUAUCGACUGGCAUUUUCGAUCGUAUUUUGAAAUUGAUGAGAUGAAGUGUGAAAUACGUUUUGAUAAAAUUAUUCGCCAUCAGACAAAUAACGAAAACGAAAUUGAAGUUGGUGAUAAUUUGGGAAAACUCACCAAUUUCGUUGUAUUUUGUGUGAUCAACUGCGACAAGCAUGAGUUGAAUUUUGAUACAAGUGUAUUGCGCGAGCUGUUUUCAACUCUAAUGGGCAAGGUUUGCAUGAAGGAUUUGGAGCAAUUAGACAUUGUCGGCACAGUCACCCAAAAGAUGAACCAAACUGCCUUGCAAUUCGUUGGGUUGCUGGAAGCUCUAAUGAAUUAUGCGCUUUGGACUUCUACCUCAGAUAACAAUAAUGUAAAGCUCCUUCAUAGUCUUUUUAAACAUCAUCAGAAACUGUGCACUGAAAUGAAGGAUUUAAUUGGAGCUCAGAAUAAGAAAGGUAAGAAAGGUAAGGGUAAUGACACGGCAUCUCAAUCACAGAAUUGCACUAUUAAUGGGACUGUUAUAAAGCGAAUUGUUUUCACUCCUGAAUCGAUAAGUGACUUGCCAACAAUUGAGCGUUUUCUGAGGCUUUUACACGAUGAAUUUGUAUCAUUUGCUCAGCAAACCGCAACACAACAGCUACGAAGCGAUCGCCGUUUAGUCCAAUACGUUACGCGAACAGCCACCACUUUGAUUGAAUGCCUUCGAAAUGAGCCUGAAUAUAAACAGGUCGCACAUAGCCGCCGGUGUCUGAAGAAUCUCACUGACAUAUCGAAACUCAUUUAUGAGAAAUGUAUCCAACGUUUGCCUGAACUGUGGAACAGUUUUGAUGUUCCUGCCGCAUACCUAAGUGCUGAAUGCUUCCGUCAGGCUUUAAUCACCGCUAAUUCAGUGUUCAAGAGGAAGUUUAGUACGUUCUUGAAAGAGGUAGACUCUGAAUUUGACCGUGAUGAUAACACGAAAAAAAUCACGGCCGUGAUCCAGAAUGCCAUAGAAGCGGCAAUUAAAGAUGAAGACUUAGUUGACCAGCUGGAUGGCUCCAAGAUUCCAGUGGUUUUAUUUCAAUGUUUGGAAAUUUUGUACGAGUUUAUCCCUUGUGAGGAUAAAAUGUGUAUGGAAUCGUAUCAUUGGAUAUUUAAAUUUUGUCAAACGUAUGAGCUGAAAAGUAAAGAUUUGGCUAUCGCAAAUAAGCUCUUAUUUACGCAAAGAAUGCGGACCCACACUGGAUCUUUCUUUACGACUAUCGCAACAGGUUUGAAGAAUAUAUUCCAGAAAAUUAGUGAAGAUGACGAUGAUGAUCCGCAGUUUGAGUUGAAAUCAAUUUCGGAAGCUGUGGCUGAGGCAACAUUGAUGCACUUUUUGAAUGUGCUGCGGAAACAAAUUCUUGAUGUCGAGUACUUUAUUACGAAAGCCAGAAGCAUUAAUGCUAAGAUCAAGGUGACUUCAGAAGAUGACCAUGAGCAAUGCGUGCAGCUUCUGAAGACAACGGAAAGGUCAAUUUGUUCGCAACUUAUUCAUAUAUCAGGCGCGUUAUUACGUCUCACAAAUGCAUGCAUUCCAUUAGGGACCUUGAUGGAUAGUUUAGUGAGAAUUUUAAUGGAAUUUUACAUUUGCGCCACGAACUUGACAAAACAUUUCGUUGUGAGGCACACAACUAUAGCAAUGUCCUUCCAAGGAACUAAAUUCGAUCAGUUACUUCGUAUUUGCGGCAAACCAUUGGCGACAAACAUUUACGAGCUCAUUACCUACAUUGAAGGCAAUAUCCUGGAAGAAAAUGGAAAACGAAAACAUGAUCCGCAGGCGGACAAGGCAAGAGUUUUGAGACAAACUAAAUUUCUGCCAAAGUUAAUUCUUCGCGUUGAAAACUUCAAUAAAUUUGUAAUUGUGCUGAGCAAGAAGACACAAGCGCACGUUUCCCAUUACCUUCACAUUGGAACAGUUCGAGAUUUCCGUAUCAAGACUUCGGAGUUGAAGGAGGCAAUCGAUCAAACUUUAACCCACAGCGGUAGUAUCGAUGACGAUGCCGAUGAUGACACAAAUCUCGAUGAAGCAGACGAACAAUCAGAUAUCGAAAAUGAAAUUCUCGCUGAAAUGGAAGCAGAGGUUGAAAAUGACGAGAAUGUUUCACCGGAAGCUACAAGGACUUCUUCGAAAGUUCCAUCAUCAUCGGGGCAAGGCUCAUCUGGCGAAGGUGUUAUACAGGAAGAAAGUAACAAAGAGACCAAUACGCAAGUUUUGAAGAAUAUGCAAAAGGUGAAUGCAAAGAGUCGAAAGAAGAAGUCUAUUGAGACUACGGAAGAGGAAGAACCGGCUCCGAAAAGGGCGAGGACAAGAAAAGCUAAGAAGUAGACUUGAGUGUUGUUUUUUAAUGUUAAGUGAAAUAAAGUUUUCUUUAA